AUGUCGACCACCGUCCACGUCAAGGGUAUCUCCCAUGAUACCAGUGAGAAGGAGGUCAAGGACUUCUUCAGCUUCUGUGGCAAGAUAACCUCAAUCUCUGUCACACCCGAGUCCGGUGCCCCAGACGCCGCAAAAUCUGCCACCGUGACUUUCGAGAAGGAAACUGCCGCAAAGACAGCCCUCCUCCUCGACAGCACCCAGCUGGGCAAAUCUCAAGUCCACGUAACUGCGGCCAGUACCAUCGAUGACGUUGCUUCCAAGGCAGGUGCCGCAGUUUCGUCCGCCCCUGGCGACGACCACAUUGAGCAAGAAGACAAACCACGUUCAAGGAUUGUGGCCGAAUACCUUGCUCAUGGCUACUCUCUCUCAGACCAAGUCAUCUCAAGAGCCAUUGCUUUGGAUCAAAAGCAUGGUUUCAGCAAUCGUUUCACCAGUGCCCUGACCAACUUCGACCAGAAGUACAAGGCUACCGACACAGCCAAGUCUGUGGAUACUAAAUAUGGGGUGAGCGACAAGGCGAUGAGUGCCUGGGGUGGAGUCCACACGUAUUUUGAAAAGGCACUGGGGACUCCCACUGGGCAAAAGAUCAGACAGUUCUAUAUACAAGGGGACAAGCAAGUCAGAGAUGUGCACACCGAAGCCCGCAGAUUGGCAGACCUGAAGGCAGGCAAGCAUUAUGAGCCAGAGCCUGUCCCAGGAACGGACAAGACAGUUUGCAAAUGUGGUGGCGAGGAAGGAAUAUGUGGAUGCGCCCCAGGUCAUUGCAACUGUGCUAGGUGCGCAAAGAGCGAUGUCGGAGCCAUUCAGCCAGAGCCCGUCAAAGGCACAGACAAGACAGUGUGCACUUGUGGAGGUACCGAGGGCAAAUGUCCCUGUCCUCCUGGCCAUUGUGCCUGUGCAAACUGUGCAAAGGGCAGCUCAGAAGCAACCACUGAAGCGAAGGAGGCUGCUCAAGCCAGCGGGCAACAAUUGCCAACCGGUGCUGUCUAA